GGGCGAGGGGCUGGAGGGGCUCUGAUCCCUCGCCUUGAGGGAGGCGAAGCUCCGAGAGGUUAUUUUAAGCGCCGGGCGACUUAACGCGGAGAGAGGGAGCCCUUUUGAAGCCUGCUUCUCCCUGCCCGCCCAUCCUCGGCAGCGCACGGGAAGGGUCCCUCAGUGCGCGCGGGGCACCGGGAGGUGCGGGAGCUUCUCCUGCCGCUCCUGCAAAGGUUUGGAGGUGUGGAUGGGUGAAAGUGCCCUCCUCUGGCUUUCCCACGAGCUGGCUCCAGCGCUGGCUGUAGCUGGAGAGCUCUACAUCCACCAUGUUGCCCUGUGGACCAGCUUUGUCCUUUGUUCGGUGUCUGGUGCGGAAGAAGAAUGUCAGUGGUGAAAGUCUUGAGGACUCCAAGUUGUGCCGAUGCUUAUCAACGUUGGACCUUAUAGCCCUAGGAGUAGGAAGUACCCUUGGUGCUGGUGUUUAUGUCCUUGCUGGAGAAGUAGCCAAAUCUGAUUCUGGACCUAGUAUCGUUGUUUCUUUCCUCAUUGCUGCACUGGCAUCUGUGAUGGCAGGUCUUUGCUACGCUGAGUUUGGUGCUCGUGUUCCCAAGACUGGUUCUGCGUAUUUGUAUACUUACGUAACUGUGGGUGAACUUUGGGCUUUUAUCACUGGUUGGAAUCUUAUUUUAUCCUAUAUUAUAGGAACAUCAAGUGUAGCAAGAGCCUGGAGUGGUACUUUUGAUGAACUUCUUGGAAAACAGAUUGGUCAUUUCUUCAGUACUUACUUCAAAAUGAAUUACUCUGGACUCGCAGAGUAUCCUGACUUCUUUGCUGUAUUCCUUAUAUUGCUUUUAUCAGGUCUUUUAUCCUUUGGAGUAAAAGAAUCUGCAUGGGUGAAUAAAAUUUUCACUGCUAUUAACAUCUUGGUCCUACUCUUCGUUAUGAUUUCUGGUUUUGUGAAAGGAGAUGUUGGCAACUGGAAAAUAAGUGAAGACUAUCUAAUACACCUUACUGCAGUAACGGAGAAUUGCUCAACCGAUGAAAAUGUGACAAGUAUAUAUGGGAGUGGUGGCUUUAUGCCAUAUGGUUUCACAGGAACGCUGGCUGGUGCUGCAACCUGUUUUUAUGCUUUUGUAGGAUUUGACUGCAUUGCAACAACUGGAGAAGAGGUCAAGAAUCCUCAGAAAGCCAUACCCAUAGGAAUUGUGGUGUCGCUGCUUGUCUGCUUCAUGGCCUAUUUUGGGGUUUCAGCUGCACUGACACUUAUGAUGCCAUACUAUCUACUAGAUGAGAAAAGUCCUCUGCCAGUGGCAUUUGAAUAUGUUGGAUGGGGUCCUGCGAAAUACGUUGUAGCAGUGGGAUCCCUCUGUGCUUUGUCCACAAGUCUUCUUGGAUCCAUUUUCCCAAUGCCACGUGUAAUCUAUGCUAUGGCGAAGGAUGGGUUGCUUUUCAAAUGUCUAGCUCAAAUCAAUUCCAAAACGAAGACCCCACUAGUUGCUACUCUAUCGUCUGGUGCAGUAGCAGCUAUAAUGGCAUUUCUGUUUGACCUAAAAGCUUUAGUGGACAUGAUGUCUAUUGGUACACUUCUUGCUUAUUCCCUUGUGGCAGCCUGUGUCCUUAUUCUUAGGUACCAACCCAAUUUAACCUACGAGCAACCAAAAUAUUCUCCAGAAAAAGCAGCUUUGACUGCUUCCGAAAGGGAAUCUGCAGUAAGUGAAUCACAGAUAAAUAUGAUACAAGAGAAUCACUUCAGUCUUCAAGCCUUGAUUUAUCCAUCUACCUUACCCACAGAGCAGACCGCAACUACUGUUAACAUUUUAGUAGGUCUAUUAGCUUGCUUGGUUUGUGUCUUGAGUGUCCUCACUACUUACGGGAUUCAUUCCAUUGCUAACUUGGAGCCCUGGAGUACCGGCCUUCUUGCCGUGUUGGUGGCGUCCUUCAUAGUUACCAUUCUACUCAUCCAAAGGCAGCCUCAGAACCAGCAGAAAGUGGCCUUUAUGGUUCCACUGUUGCCAUUUUUACCAUCGUUCAGUAUCCUGGUAAAUAUUUACUUGAUGGUACAAUUAAGUGGAGAUACUUGGAUCAGAUUUAGCUUCUGGAUGGCACUUGGCUUUGUUAUUUAUUUUGCUUAUGGCAUCAGGCAUAGUAUUGAAGGUCAUCGUAGGAACGGCGAUGAUGACUCUUGUUCAGAAAACAGUGGGCUGCAAGAAAAGAAUCCUGUGGAAGAAGUGGAUGAACCUGAAAAUACAAAUGAAAGUGAUCAGUUUCUUGCGCAUGAGAGGACAAGUGAAUGUUAACCUAUGCAAACGUACAAGUCUUUUAAACCUUGAGUUGACAUUUUCUUGCCGAAUGAAAUUUCAAAAGCCUUCUGCCAACAUCAUGCCUCUUGAAAGAGUUUACUACAAGGUCUGGCUGAUAUUUUGGACAAGCUGCUAAUCCAUCUUCCAUCAUUUCAGAACCGACAGCAUGGACAUUAAUAUUUAAAUUAAAAAGCAAACAAGAGAAGUACUAUCUGCCAAGCCAAAAUUUGGAUGCAUUGUUUGAACUGUCAUCCAAAAUCACUGGCAAUCACAAAAUAUGGGGAAUUUUAGAAAUGCCUGCAAGAAGUUCUGACACUGCGUUGUGAACACAGGUGCCUUUUGUACCUUCUCCUUAUCCACCUUACAUGUUUUGGUUGCAAUUUAAUAGCUCUCUUUUUUCUACAGAAGUAAGUGUCACGUUAAAUAGGUAUAGCUGUGACAGGUGGCUGAGGGAUGCCCUCCUCUUAAGUCACGAGGUUCAAGACAGACCCCCUUGCUUUCUAAGCUUCCCCUUGGAGAGAAGCCUAGGUGUGACUGGAUCCGUCUGUAGUCCCAGACUUAGUUGGUGGUUUAUGACUAAAGGAUUAUAUGGAUGUACGUAUGUGUGUCAGGAUUCAUGUCACCUGUGAGAGUUUCCUCCAAGACUGUCACCCACAGUGUUAAUACUUGCUCCAAAUGAGCCCGUGGGCCAUCACCAAAGCAAUUUAGAGAGUUUUCUGAUCCCGUCAGAGAGACAAUUUUGCUGAAGCAGUAAGUAAUUUAAUUAAAGUGAUAGAUUAAACAAGUUCAAGAUUACCCUUGAUAAAUUGAUGUGCUGCAUUAGUGCUAGAAGAUUAUAAUCAGUUAACAAAUGAUCAUAUAUUUUUAUAUAUAUAUAGAAAGUAACAAUUGAAACUUGAGUUAGUAGUUAUUUUCCUGGGGAACAUCUGACAAAGUCAGAGGUGAGCAAUUCUCUCUUCCAAGGAAAGGGUUUUUGGGUGCCAAUUUUAUAUUUUUUGAAAACUCCUUGGCAUCUCUUGGCAAGGUGGGACUAAGUUAAUCCGUAUGUGUUGACUGGCACUUGGCAAGGCCGUUUGUGUUGUCAGAAGCAGGAACUUGGCAGUUUGGCACACCUUCGAGGCAGGGAGCUCAGUACGUGCUUUCAAGGGUGCUUCUGUUCUUAACUGAAGCACUGUCAGGCUGUGAGGCUUCUGCUUCACCCCAGGUGUCACUCAGCUUAUUUAAGAGACCACCACUGGAUCCAGUCUGUAUUGCAAGAUAAAGUUGUUCAUUGUUCAAGUGGAACUGCUCCCUUUUGCAAAGUUCAUUAUUUGCUAUCCACAAAGACUAGCAAGUCUGUAACUCUUAUACCUCAGUAACUCUCACAGGAGAUAAAAUUGCAGACAGGCUUGGGAAGUAUUCGCAAAACUGCGUGGUAGUUGUACAGAUCUGAUACUUUGCAAAAAGUAAAGGAUCAUAUAUUUAUAUAAAAAGAAAUAAUUGCUUACCCUUACAGUAGUCAUGGAGGACUCAAACAGUGAAGAUACUUCAAAGACUUUCAGUUUCUCUAAAUAAUAUUCAGAUUUUCUACUUCUGUGAAUUUCUUUCCUUUCAGAGAUGCUGUGUGUAUAAAAUACUCCCAAGAGGAGUUAUGUUAUUUUCUGCAAAAGCAACUGGGAAAUGGUCUGUUGUUUACUGUAUUGACAGUGACAUUCGUAUGUGACCUAGCAAGUAUUGUGCUUUUGGUUUUGGAAGGGCCAGGAUUGUAUCCCUGAAUACAUAAUUUGGUACUUGCAUACAGCAGUCAUCAAGUUUUCCUCCUUACUAUUCAUUUAUUCCCCUUAUACUUUCUCCUCCUUGAUCAUGUGCCAGAGCUGAUAUUUUUGAGAUUAAUUGUUACACAUUGCUUCUCCUCAGAAAAAUGAAUGUACAAAAUCCCACCAUUCUUUUCAGAUGGAAGGGGAGGUUGAAAAAAACAGAGGUGCAGGCUUUGGAAAAAAAUCCUUGUCCAAGCAGUACUUCAGUGCUUCACUAAGCCUUAAACAUACGUUAGCGUAGCGGGUUUUUGUGAGCCAAGCCUACAUCCACAAAUCCAUUCACAUGGGUAGGAUGUCCACAUGCCAAUUUAUGUAAAGAAGCAAAUCAUUGUAGCAGUGCUUGGGUGAACCAUUUUUUUUAUAGCUAGUGAAAAUAGAAACUGUUCUUUCACCAAAAAAAAAGUCAUAGUAAAUGUCAAAGGCAACCAGACAUUUUAAGCAAGUAGUAGGCUCAAGUCCCUUGAGGGAUUCCAUAAUAUGAAGUUAUUUUGCAAGAAUGUAUUUAUGAAAAUAACUUCCCUAAACUAAGAACUGUCUUGGACUUUGUCAUGGAGAUUGCUGCAAUCUGUUGCCCAUACUAAUCAUUGGUAUUGAUCUCUGUUGUUACGUAUAAAAACUCUAGAUCCUAUGCCAGCUGUGUUGGCUGACUGUGAAAAACACCUUACUUUUUAUAACAGCUGGAAUUUUAUCCAAAAAAAAAAAACCAAACACAAAAGCAACCCCCAAAAACUAGUUAAGCUGCUUCUGUUUCUCUCUUGUUCUUUUUCACAGCAAUAGAGUCACACUUAUUUUUCUUUAAAUUACUUCUGUUGUUGUUGUAAGAAAUUAGUGUACCUAAAUGCUGAAGGGCCGAAGUGCUUCUUAAUAGGGAACCCUGCAAUGGAGCAGUAUCCACCAUGGAGCAGGUUUUCAGCCUUUCCCUUGAACUGAGAGCAGAGCGUCCUGCAGUGCUGGCAGCAGCGAGUGGAUAGACGUGUCCUGUUGCACCAGUGGCCUCUACUGACUGUUCAGAAUUAGGAAUAGCAAUCUGUAAAUGUAAGAGGCAUGCAACAGGUAAAACACCUGCUAACUCUUAUCUGAAAUACCAGCAUAUAUAUCCUCUAACUGCAACUGCUAUUGUCCUAAGGAAUGUUGUUCUAAUGAUUGGUGAUCCUUACAAAUGUAUGGGACACAGAGGGUGAGGAAAACCUAUAGGGUAUGUGGCAAUGGCAUACUGUUCCUUCAUAUACCCCAAUCCAUCAGAAUUGAUUCUGUUAUAGCCACUUCUUUCCAAAACUCAUCGUUUUUCAAGAUGCCAUUAAAGAAAUACUUAAAUCUCAUAUUAGGCUCAUAGAAGUAGAUUAUAUGCUAAUUAACGAUUUGAUUUUAUAGGAAUUCUCAGGACAGUUCUUGGCACUAUUGAUAUUUUUCAAUACCUCUAUGCAGUGAAUGAAAGAGCUGUCAAUGUUGAGUCUGUUAUUUUAGUUGUACUUCUUAACUGGGACCCAUUUUUAUGCCAACAAUGACAAAAGAACUAUGAGUUCUUGUUUGAAAUAUUAGAAAUGUAUUACUUUCCCAGAUUCUUGAAAGGAAUCCAAUAUGGUAAACCUUAGAUAUGCCAAAACAAAGGUUUUAUUUUAAAGUUGCCAAAAAAAUGAGUAAGUUAAUGUGCAUUCUAUUGUUUUUAAGCUCACAAAUAUUUGAAAUAGAGAAGCUGAUGCUUUUCCUAAUCAGCUGCAACUCAGUCAAGAAUACGGCUUCAGUGGUUAUGUUUUCAGAGGGCAUUCUUAACCAGUCGUGCCCAGUAUUCUUCAGUCCUCAGCUGCAAAAGCUGCCAUUGUUGUGGAAGCAAAUCAGCGGUGCUCAGACAAAGCUUUUGCAUGACAUCUUUACAAGCCUACAGAGAAACAGCUCUUUUAACAUUCCUUACACAGCUCAGUGUGUGGGAAGCAGAGACUUACUUUUUAACAUGGAUGCUGAUGCCACAAGGCAGGCAAACCGGACUCCCAAGAUGCUUACUGCUGCUUUUCUGCAGUAUGCAAGGAAGAUCCCAUUCCUUCCCAAACCAUCCUAUAGAAUGUACGUGCGCAUGCCUGUCUACAUCUGUUUGCAUCUGUCUGACAUUAGUCCAUAGUGAUUUUGAUGUACUGAUUAAAAUAAUUUCUAUACUGCACUGGAAUUUUCCUUUGAGGGGACACUGUCAGUAUAACAAAGUUCUGACUAAAGCAAGUGCUAGCUAAGGCUUCUGGAUAUAAUUAAAGAAAAUAUAUUUUCCAGUUUAUUUACCUAGUCGAUAUGUCAGCACUGUGUGUGUUGGCAGUUUCCCCUUUCUUUUGUAUUAAUAUUUCUCUCCCCUUGUUAAAGAAAUUAAUUAUCUAAAAAGAAAAGAAUGUGCCUGUACAAAUGUUGCUAAGGGAAAUGGGAGCAGCAGCAGCAGAAACAUUAUCCGUUUAACUAAAGAGAUAUAAAAUGAAAUUACAGAAAAGUCAUUGAUUAUUCUUUGUUGCUGCAGUUGCACAAAGCUUAUUUAUAUGUGUAUAUAAAGUCAUUAUUAGUCAGUGGCUGAUUAAGAACACAAUAAGUCAGAAAUAUGAUAUUUAUGCUGAUUUUUCUAUACGUUUGUAUAUUCAGUUCUGAAAUUCCAGAUGCUUUAAUGGGACUUUGCAAAAGCAGGCCAUCUGCAGGACAGCCAUGCUAGUCCUUACACAGGACGUACCUAUGUAUGAUACAAAUCCUGGUUUUGUUCUUGUGUUUGCUGUAUGUCUGUAGUUGCUGAGAGAGGAGCUGAAAGCAAAAGUCCAGCGGAAUUAAGUAGUUGUUGUUAUUUUUUAACAUAGUUGUUUGUAUUGUAAAUUGUUCUGUGAAAAUAAUAAUGGUACGUGUUAAUACAAAAUAUCUAUUAUUGGAGGUAGUUUAUUGGUGUUGUCUUCCUUUGUGGACAAAAAUCCUCCAAAACAUAUAUUUGUGUUAGUACAUUCUGAAUGUGCCUUUAGAUAGAGGAAUUUAGAUAGAGGAUUUAAGAAAGCAAGCCAAAGCAUAUUUAAGAGAGAACAAAUAAAUCUUUUGUUCUGAAGGAUAACAUUUUUGUAUAAUUGAUGUUAAAUAAUGUGACCUUCUUGUGGUAUUCCAGUCCUAAUUCUACAAUAGGAAAUGUUAUGAAGUAUCUUAGAUUUCAGUGUCUUGUUAUACUGGAUAAAACUAUUGUGUUAAUAGUAGUACACUUUUUCCUGCGCAACAAAUGCCAGUUUGAUUCCUGAGAUAUGUCAUAUUAUGUUUAUGUCACUAUCUGUUAAAGCCAUUUACAUUACCUGCUGUUACAGAAUCAUCAGCAAUAAAUGUCAAUAAUAGUGUAUAAGGUUACUUAUGUACAUAGGAAUUUUAACUAUGCCCUUCAAAAACUUCAAUCAAUACAAUGAAUUUAGAGGCAAAACUUGGUAAAGCUAAAAUAUAUACUGUAUUUUAUUAGGUGACAAAUGUACAAGUCUAACCACCUUUCCCCUAAAAUUUACACAAAGUUAUAUAUAUUUAAGAAAUAAAAGGCAUACCGUUUUCAUUGGAGGUUUCAGUAAGUACCAAUAUAAGAUGUGCUGUAAGCAUCUUGAGAUACUGAAAGCUGAACACUCUGGGUGAAUUCUAUGACAGUGCAGGAAAUUUGUGUGGGACUGUGCAAUCAUUUUUAAUAGGAUUGAAGGUGAUGCCUCUGUGUUUUGUACAGUAGGAAUUUAAUUCACAUGAUGGCUGGCAGUUGUUACUUGAUUACAUAAGAAAGAAAAUAAAAGCACCUUUUAAUACUCUUGGCCCUAAUUCUUCCUAGGCUUCCCUGGAAGUUUGUACAGAUUGCAGUAUGCUCAUUGAAAACACUGGGUUAACGCAGUGUUAGGCAAAUAUGUAUUUUACAGAAAGAGCGGGUGGUAUUUCAUAUAGUGCAAGAUUUUUGUAUUUGUUUUUAAUUUCCUGUACCUUUAGUGUUUCUUUCUGGUAUGUGGUUUGAAGACCUCUGCGUUUUUAAUAGUUGGACCUUUCCAAAGCUAAAUAUAAUGCCUUUGCUAUCUCCUGAUCUCUUUUCCAUUUGAUUCUAGAAAUCAAACCUCUAAUAUUAGCUAAGUCAAGGGAUUUCUGUGCAUAGACAUGCAUUAUGAAGAACUAUCUGUAUAUAUAUCAUUAUUUGUAUUGUCAGUUGGACAAGCUCUGUUGUCGUUGUAUGUUUUCAUUGACCCUUGUGCCAGGUAAACUCCAGCUUCACCAAGUUUAUUUGGAGUCAGGACAAAGGAUAAAAGGAUCUGAAUAUUCAGGAGGGCUUUUUUUCUUUUAUGUUACCAGAAAGUAAACCAUUAAAUAUGUGUUAUAUAUCUUUAAAGAUAGUUAUGUGUGCAUUGUUUUAAAAACCAUUAGUGUUUAUAACCAUUUCAACUUUUUCUUUUUCUCAUAUGUACAUUGUAGUGAUUAUUUCUGUAUUAUAGGCUGCUGAGCAUUUAAAAUGUAGAUAGAAUGAUUAUGCUGCAACUUAACUACAAAUUUGUAUUUCUUUGAAGUGCUCUACCAAAAUGAAAAGUCUUGAAUUCUUAUGAAUGUAAAAAUGCUUAUAUUUAAAAAUAUGGUGCUUGUUUUUUUCACUUUUACAAUAGAAUUGUAAUCAGCAAUAUUUUUAGUUACCUUAGUUCCAAAUUGUGAUGGAAAUUACAUUGCUCUUCAUUUACUGUAAAAUGUGCUUCAUGGGAUAACAAUUGUGCAUUUGUUCCAUAUUUUUUAAAUAAAGCUGAAUCACUUGUAUGUACUUUAUGUAACAGCUCUAACUUCAACCACCACUAUAGUUUUAGUAAACACUAUAAUAAGACUGUGACUUUAUAAUUAUUACUGUGCCAGAUAUGUAAUGUCAUGACAUUAAAUGAAUCAUAACUAAUUUAAAAUAAAUAACAUGAUAACUCAUAUGAAUUUUACACAGGGGAAAAAACAAUCAUGGUUUAUGUUUAAAUCUUUUCUUUUUUCCAGUGUCUCCAGAUGGGGAUACUAGCAGCAUUUUUGCUUGAGUUGCUUCUGAGCGCUCAAGAAAUCACUGAAAUAGAGAAUAAAACCCUUUGAUUUGGGCAUUUUGUUUUACAGUGCCAAACCAGAGUUGAUGUUAGGUUUGAUUUCCAGAGGGAAUGAGUAGCCCUUUGCACUUAUGGUGCUCAACUUCCUGAAGCACCAAGCCUUGUCGUGGCAGCAUCCAACCUCAGAGUUGGGUGGAUAAACUUACUAUUGUCUCCUUUUUCCUUUUCUUGAAAAACAAUGUAAACCAAAAGAAAAGACAACCUUCCUCAGCUUUGAAUAGUCCUGUGGAUAUAUCAGGAGAAUAAAAGCAUUUGUCUGGGCAAUGGAUAGCAAUAGCCUUGAUGCUGAGAAUCACACUUCCAGUACAAGCUUAAUCUGGCACUGUUUUUAACGACAUUUUGGUAGUCAUCUUUGUUCACUGUAGCUAAGACUGGGGGUGGAGGGAGAGGUGUUAGAUGCACUUCAACUCUUUUAUAGAAUUCCUUAUAAAGUUUUCAAAUGAUCAAUAACAACCUCGUUGUAGAUACAGAUUUACUAAGACUGAUUUUGAAAAUCUUGGUCCUAUGAAGCAGUGGGAAU